AGGCAUUUGCAUCUUACUGUAGCAGUAGUUAAAAAGAAGAAUCACACUGCUAAGAAAAUGGCCAGUGAUAUGAAAUGUGGUAGUUUUGCGCUUUCUAUGUUUUCUGAAAUUAUCGACCUCUUUCUGGAUUGGGAUUUUUUCUACGAAGUCAACAAAUCAUCUGUUGUUGAAAAUAAUGUAAAGAGCGCAAUUCAAGGUUUUGCUAUUUUGGGAACAGUUUUGUUUGUUUUUACAUUCAUAAGCCAGUCGUGUGAUGCAUGCAGCGAUGAUGAAGAAGAAAAUCCAUGUACACCGACGCUUUCGUUAGUUUCGACUGCACUUGAAGAUUUCCCGCAAAUAAUUUUAGCAAUUAUAGUUGCUAUGCACACUUCUGAACUUAUUUCAUGGAUUCAGAUUUCAAAGGCACUGUAUGGAAUUAUUGAGCCUGCAAUACGAAUAACUGUAAUUUUAGAAGAAAGGGAGAAUAGCAGACAGAACUUUAGAGAGUCCCCAUAUCUGUGUGCUAAACACUGUGAUAUGUGCAUAAGCGGAAUAAUUCUGAUGUGUUCCAUUGCACUGCUUUUUGAACUUGCAUUUGACUUUUUCCAUUAAAGCGACGGAUC